ACACUUGGUUUUUUAGAAUUUGUUGAAGUGUAACGGGUUUCUAGUAUUACUGUAUUUUUUAUCCAUGCAUGUGUACACUUGCACUCGUCUUCUGUCACUAUCUAGUCAUAUAUUCUGCGAUUGAAUGUUUGGUUGAGUACCGGUUAGUACUCUUGUCUGUCUGAGAUAGAUUGAUAAAAAGAUCUCACGCGUUUAUAUUUCUAGCGUACGUUGAAAUGUUUAGCAUUUUGCAUCUGGAGCUGUGAUAACUUGUUUCGAAACGUGACACUUGCAAGCCUCUUAGCAAUAAUGAUCAAGUUCAACGCAAUUUUUCUACUCUUCAGAUUUAGUUUACAGCAUCUUCUAGCAGUGUCAGUUGUGGCUCAAAAUGAAAACCAGAAGAUUGUUCAUGGUCAUGCUGUGGCGCGGGGACAGCUCCCUUAUCAGGUGUCCAUUGGCGACAAAGAGCUGACAUAUCCUCAUUUUUGUGGUGGAGCACUAAUAUCUAAGAAUAUGGUCCUAACAGCGGCUCACUGUGCUGCAAAGAUUGAUAGUGAUAGUGAACAAUAUUUUGUGGUGGCUGGUUUCUCAAAUUUCCUGUCCUACAAAAUUCCGCGCACAAUCAAGCGAGUAUUUGUGCACCCCAACUACACGAACUCUGGCCAACCCAACAAUGAUAUUGCAAUAAUCCAGGUAACACCUAGCUUCAUACUGGAUGAAUUCAUUCAACCCAUAAAAUUGGCAAGAAGGAAAUUUCAUCAUGGCACAGAAUGCAUUGUUAGCGGCUGGGGAGUCCUAGGCUUCAAUUCGUCGAAAUUGCCGAUCAACCUGCAAGCGGCGAACGUGUCGUUGGUGUCGACGCACCAGUGCGCCAAGAAUUACACGGAACGCUCCAAAAAGAACAACACCAUCAACCACGACACCAUGAUCUGCGCCACUGGCGAGAAUUUCUCCAGUGAUGCUUGCCAGGGUGACUCGGGUGGACCUCUAGUCUGCAAUCACACUCUGACUGGCAUAGUCUCGUUUGGCUACAGGUGCGCCACCCAGGGCUUCCCUGGAGUCUACACCAAUGUGUCCCAUUACUCGGACUGGAUCAACAAGCACUUGGCGAUUAGCGGCAGCAGUCGAACCUCCUUGGACCCUUCUUCAGCUACUCUAGCUAUUCUCUCUAUAAUCUCAUUAAUAUUUGUCAUAUAAUUCAGAUUUCCUAUUUCUCAUACGAGAAAGAAACCACAAAAACCUCUUUACAUAUUGCAAAGUGAGAAUAAUUUUUCUAAUAUUUUAUAUUGUACAACUCUGGAUAUAUAUGUUUGAUUUUCCAGACUUAAGACUAGAGUUGUGUUCAUUUAUUUAUUAAAUAAAUUUUUCUAUGUAUUUUUAGUGAGCAUAAAUUAUUUAAAAAUAUUAUAUUAAUAUUUUUAAUAAAUUCUUCUUCUUAUGAA